CAGCAGAGGAGCGCUCCCCAGAGCCAGCGGGUGUCUUGGGCGGAGGGGAGCGGGUUCGUAUUCCGGACGAGUGACGACGGGGUUUCGAGACCGUGCUCGUGGUAUUAUUUGGGUAUGGGGUCGGGCCCUGAGGGUGAUUAGUGCGUGUGAGUGAGCGAGUGAUUGAGAGAGUGAGUGCGUGCGAGCGCUCGUUGAGGUUUGUUUUGUUUGUUUGUUUGGAGUGGUGGAGGUCGAGGGUGCUGCUGCUCGUGUUGUCGUCGGAGGUGAUUGAGGUCGAGUUUACGUGAGGAAUAAUCGUCCAUGCAAAAGAGGGCGGGCGGGCGGAUACAGGAAAGAAAGGCUGAAGGCUGAAAGCGGAAGGGUGACGAUGGGGAUGUCUCUGAGCUCACAGAGCGAGGAGAGGAGGUCGAGGAGGUAAAAGCAGCGACGCCCGCCAGUGGCACGAAGCGGUUUCGCUUUCCGUCGAUUUGUCGAAGAGGGUGCGGCAGCGGCGAUCGGGAUGCCGCAGGGAGAAGAAAAGGUUUCGGUGCAUUUUUGGAGAAAGUCGAGGGCCCGAGGCGCUGCGCCGAAUGCAGCCGUUUGAGAAGCCAUCGCUCGCUCGUCUGGCCGAGUGUGGACACGUUCGUGGCCUUCCUGGAGCUCGGCGGCUCCGGAGCUUGAGAGCAUUGCCUGAUGACGGCAAUUUCUGCUCGCGGAAGCAACUCGCCCUGCAAUCCGAGCGUGUCUCCUCCAAAACGCGAUCGUAGCCCGGCAUGAUACGAUAACACAUUGCUGUAUAUUGAAGCUAGGCGUCGCUCCGGCGCUGGGUUUCAACACAACAGUGGACACGACACAGUAGGAGAGUUCGAAGCGCAGUAGGAUGUCGUCUUCUACAUCCCAAUCCAUAGUGCCUGUCGGGCCUGCCCGGAAUGCUAGCCCGAGGGACAGGGAUGGUGGAGAUGGAGACGGAGGAUUGAGAGAGAGGGCCAGAGAGAGAGAUAGGGAAAGAGAGGGAGACAGAGACAGAGAUAGAGAGAGAGACAGAGACAGAGAGAGAGAGCGUGAAAGAGGGAGGGAUCGAGAAAGAGAAAGGGAAAGAGGCAGAGAUAGCCCAGCCCGUAGUCCAUUGCCUGAAACUCAAUCAACUCCAGGCUCAGGAAUCAGGCGUGGAUUAUCCCGUACAUUCACCACCGCAAACAACAAUGAUGUGUUUGACAGUGAAGUCGUCCCGUCUUCUCUCUCAGCAGUUGCUCCCAUUCUUCGUGUCGCGAACGAGAUUGAAAGUCAUCGGCCGCGAGUUGCUUAUCUCUGUCGGUUCUAUGCGUUCGAAAAAGCCCACAAGCUCGAUCCAACAUCUAGCGGAAGAGGAGUGCGGCAGUUCAAAACAUCGCUGCUUCAGAGGCUUGAAAGAGAUAAUAUACCUACACUCAGAGCACGGCAAAAACGGAGUGAUGCACGCGAGCUGCAAAGCUUUUAUCAGCAGUACUAUGAAAAUUACGUGAAGGCCUUAGAUGGAGCCGAACAUUCUGAUCGUGCCCAGCUGACAAAGGCUUACCAGACUGCUGGUAUCCUCUUUGAGGUUCUGACCCAAGUCAGCAAGAGCGAGAUGGCAGAGGCUCCUCCGGAGAUUAUUGCUGCUGGUAAAAUAGUAGAAGAGAAGCAGGAGAUUUAUCUUCCGUAUAACAUUCUUCCUUUAGAUGCGGCCGGAGCCUCACAAGCCAUCAUGCAGCUACCUGAGAUCAAGGCAGGUGUGGAAGCUCUCCGCAACAUCCGCGGACUUCCUUGGCCAUCACAGAUGGAGCAGGCCCGACAUAAGUCUGGUGAACUUGAUUUGUUGGACUGGCUGCAGUGCAUGUUUGGUUUCCAGAAAGACAACGUCAGGAACCAAAGGGAGCAUUUAAUUCUGAUGCUCGCUAAUGUGCACAUCCGACUGAUACCGAAAGCGGAACCAAUGAGCAAGCUCGAGGAUCGUGCGCUGAACGAAGUUAUGGACAAACUCUUCAAGAAUUACAAGAGCUGGUGCAAAUUUUUGGGCCGCAAGAACAGUCUCUGGUUGCCAACUAUUCAGCAGGAGAUUCAUCAAAGGAAGAUUCUGUAUAUGGGUCUUUAUCUUUUGAUAUGGGGGGAAGCUGCAAAUCUACGCUUCAUGCCGGAAUGCCUCUGCUACAUUUAUCACAAUAUGGCUUAUGAGCUGUAUGGUAUGCUGGCUGGUAACGUGAGUGUGGUAACCGGAGAAAAUAUAAAGCCAGCAUAUGGUGGGGAGGAUGAAUCUUUCUUAAAGAAGGUCAUUACACCUAUUUACGACAUAAUUUUUAAGGAGGCUAAGAACAAUGGCAAUGGGACUGCUGCCCACUCAGCUUGGCGCAACUACGAUGAUCUAAACGAAUUUUUCUGGUCUGUCGACUGCUUCCGUCUUGGAUGGCCGAUGCGGCUUGAUGCCGACUUCUUUGUACCACCUUCUCAAACUAGUCUUUCUUCCAAAUUGAGCAUUGGUAAAGGGGGAAAGGUAGCCUCAUCCAGACGUCUUGGAAAGACGAAUUUUGUGGAAAUCCGCUCUUUCUGGCAUCUGUUUAGAAGCUAUGACCGCAUGUGGACUUUCUACAUAUUAGGCUUACAGGCUAUGAUUGUAAUGGCCUGGAAUAUCGAGGGUUCUGGAACCUUUAAGUCCACUUUUGAAGGAAACAACUUCAAGAGAAUUCUCAGCAUCUUCAUCACAGCUGCUAUCUUGCGUGUCAUUCAAGGUCUUCUGGAUAUCGCAAUGAGCAUGAAGGCAUAUCGCAGCAUCAAGUUCAUGGGCAUGUUGCGCCUCUUCUUGAAGCUCCUAGUGUCCAUUGCCUGGGUGAUUGUGCUCUCUGUGUGCUUCGUUCAUACUUGGGAGAAUCCCACUGGUCUUAUCAAGAAUGUCCAAAACGUGCUGGGGAGUAGUUGGAAGAAUCCGUCUCUGUAUAUCACAGCUGUCGCCAUCUACUUGCUGCCGAAUGCGCUAGCGGCUGUUCUCUUUGUCUUCCCCUUGAUGCGAAGGUGGAUUGAAAAUUCGAAUUGGCGAAUCGUUCGUUUACUUCUCUGGUGGUCACAGCCUCGUCUAUACAUAGGUCGUGGGAUGCAUGAAAGCCAAUGGACACUGUUCAAAUACACCAUGUUCUGGAUAUUGCUUCUGGCAAGCAAGUUUGUGUUUAGCUACUUCAUUCAGAUCAAACCUCUUGUAAAACCAACCAAGACAAUCAUGAACGACAGCUCCAUCCAGUUCACUUGGCAUGAACUAUUUCCGAAUGUUAAAAAGAACAUUGGAGCCAUUAUAGCCAUCUGGGCGCCCGUAAUUCUGGUGUACUUUAUGGAUACUCAAAUUUGGUACUCAGUGUACUCUACGGUAUUUGGUGGAGUUUCUGGAGCGUUUAGACGUCUAGGAGAGAUUCGAACUUUGGGAAUGUUGAGGUCUCGAUUCCGCUCCUUGCCCGGUGCUUUCAACGCGAAUUUGGUUCCAGCAGACAAGGUCGCGAGGAGAGGUUUUUCACUUGCUCGUGGUUAUAAGGAGGUGCAACCAGGCAAAGAUCGAAAAGAAGCAGCGAAAUUUGCGCAGCUAUGGAACGAAGUCAUCACCAGUUUCCGAGAAGAGGAUCUCAUUAGCAACAAGGAGAUGGACCUCAUGCUUGUGCCAUAUUCAUCAGUCAACCUUACUCUCGUGCAAUGGCCACCUUUUCUACUGGCUAGCAAGAUACCAGUUGCGCUGCAAAUGGCUGUUGAACACCGAGGUAGAGAUAUGGACUUAUGGCGCAAAAUCCGAGCAGACGAUUACAUGCGUUGCGCCGUUGAGGAAUGCUUUGAAUCAUUUAAGCAUGUUCUCGGCACUAUCUUAGUAGGAGAGGUCGAAAGAAGGCUUGUCAUUGACGGCAUUUUGGAGGAAAUUGACAAGGAUAUAUCUGAAGGAAGUCUACUUUCAAAUUUCAAAAUGAGCGCAUUACCCGUUCUUCAUAGCAAGUUCGUCCAGCUCACAGAAUUUCUGAUCAAGGGUGAGGCAGACAAGCGGGAUUCUGUUGUCUUGCUUCUCCAGGAUAUGUUCGAGGUUGUCACCAGAGAUAUGAUGAACGAGACAGCCAGGGAAUAUUUGGAGUCAACUCACGGGCCUCUUUCAAUUUCUGGGAAAACAUCGAAGGAUGUCAAAGAUCACCAAUUGUUUGCUGCCACUGAUCCGAAGCCAGCCGUCCUCUUCCCUCCACCUGCUACUGAUGCGUGGAUUGAACAGAUCAAAAGACUUCACCGGCUUCUCACGGUGAAAGAGUCCGCAAUAAAUGUGCCAACUAACUUGGAAGCUAGACGACGUAUAGCUUUCUUUACCAAUUCUCUUUUCAUGGAUAUGCCGCGCGCACCACGCGUCCGUAACAUGUUGUCCUUCAGUGUACUCACACCAUACUAUCAAGAGGAAGUAGUGUAUUCCAAGAAACAACUCAAUGAGGAAAACGAAGAUGGUAUUUCGGUCUUGUUUUAUCUUCAGAAAAUUUAUCCAGAUGAAUUUGACAACUUUCUGGAGAGGAUCAACGUGACAUCAGAACAUGAGAUUUGGGACAAUGAAGAAUAUGAAAAUGAACUGCGUCACUGGGCAUCUUACAGAGGACAGACGCUUUCAAGAACAGUCAGAGGAAUGAUGUAUUACAGGCGGGCUUUGGAGCUACAAGCGUUUCUAGACAUGGCUUCUGAUGAUGAGCUUGUUGAUGGCUACAAGGUUGUUGCAAGUGCACCUGCGGAAGCAAAGAAGAGUCAGCGGUCAAUGUGGGCCCAACUGCAGGCAAUUGCCGACAUGAAGUUCACAUAUGUGGCUACAUGUCAGAUCUAUGGUGCACAGAAGCGUGCUGCGGAUGUCCGUGCUACUGAUAUUCUUAAUCUCAUGCUCAACAAUCCUUCACUCCGAGUUGCUUACAUCGACGAAGUUGAGGGGCGUGAGAAAGACAAAAAUCAAAAAGUGUACUACUCAGUGCUCGUCAAGGCCUCAAAUGGUUUAGAUCAAGAGAUAUAUCGUAUCAAGCUCCCGGGUAUAGUAAAAUUGGGAGAAGGCAAGCCGGAAAAUCAGAAUCAUGCCAUGAUCUUUACCAGGGGAGAGGCACUACAAACCAUUGAUAUGAAUCAGGACAAUUACCUGGAGGAAGCUUUUAAGAUGCGCAACCUUUUGGAAGAGUUUCACGAACCUCAUGGAGUCAGGCCUCCCACCAUCCUGGGUGUGAGAGAGCACAUUUUCACUGGAAGUGUUUCGUCUCUUGCUUGGUUCAUGUCGAAUCAGGAAACCAGUUUCGUAACUAUCGGCCAGCGGGUCCUGGCCAGUCCAUUGAAAGUUCGAUUCCAUUACGGACACCCCGAUGUCUUUGAUCGCCUCUUCCACAUCACUCGCGGUGGUAUGAGCAAGGCUUCUCGCGUUAUCAACCUCAGUGAAGACAUAUUUGCAGGUUUCAACUCCACUUUGCGUAGAGGAAAUGUUACUCAUCAUGAAUAUAUCCAAGUGGGUAAAGGUCGUGACGUGGGUCUGAACCAAAUUUCAUUAUUUGAGGCCAAGGUGGCUUGUGGGAACGGCGAGCAGACCUUGAGCCGAGAUAUGUAUAGGCUUGGUCAUAGGUUUGACUUCUUCCGAAUGAUGUCCUGCUACUUCACAACCAUUGGCUUCUACGCCAGCACGGUGAUUGUGGUGCUUACUGUCUACGUGUUUUUGUACGGUCGUAUCUACUUGGCUCUGAGUGGAAUCGAGAAGUCUUUAGUGAAUAGUGCUGAUGUGAACAACGACCCAGCACUACAAGCAGCUCUGGCAUCACAAUCUCUUGUGCAGCUCGGAUUGUUGAUGGCCUUGCCAAUGGUUAUGGAGAUCGGGCUCGAAAGAGGGUUCAGAACGGCUUUGAGCGACUUCAUUAUCAUGCAGCUCCAGUUGGCAUCAGUGUUUUUCACCUUUUCUUUGGGUACAAAGACUCACUAUUACGGUCGGACCAUUCUUCACGGAGGUGCAAAGUACCGCGCGACAGGAAGAGGUUUCGUCGUAAGGCAUGAAAAGUUUGCCGAGAAUUAUAGGCUCUAUUCCCGCAGUCACUUCGUCAAAGGUAUAGAGCUCAUGAUGCUUUUGAUCAUCUACAGCGUGUAUGGAACUUCGGCCAAGGGGGGAGUCCCGUACCUCCUGAUUACCUUCUCAAUGUGGUUUUUAGUAACCACUUGGCUUUUUGCACCGUUCCUGUUCAAUCCCUCUGGAUUUGAAUGGCAAAAGAUUGUGGAAGAUUGGGAUGAUUGGAGCAAAUGGAUCAACAACAGGGGUGGUAUUGGAGUGUUGGCCACCAAGAGUUGGGAGUCAUGGUGGGAGGAAGAACAAGAGCAUCUGAAGCACACAGGACUAAUGGGUCGAGUUUUGGAGGUCCUUCUUUCAAUCCGGUUUUUCCUUUAUCAGUAUGGUAUGGUGUACACGUUGAGCAUCGCCGGUGGGAGCACAAGCCUUAGUGUCUAUGGUUUGUCAUGGCUCGUUAUAAUUGCUGUUCUGGCGGUCUUGAAGAUUGUGUCGAUGGGAAGACGAAGAUUCAGCGCUGACUUUCAGCUGAUGUUCAGACUUUUGAAAGCACUUCUUUUCAUCGGCUUCGUGACUAUAGUGAUCGUGCUGUUUUUGUUCGCCCAAUUGUCAGUGGGUGAUCUCUUUGCAAGUCUUCUAGCUUUCUUACCUACGGGAUGGGGAUUGUUAAUGAUUGCUCAAGCCGCCCGCCCGUUAGUUGUGAGGAGUGGUAUGGGGGACUCGGUCAAAGCUUUAGCUCGUGCGUACGAGUUUAUUAUGGGAUUGUGCAUUUUCACCCCGGUCGCGAUGCUGGCAUGGUUUCCGUUCGUCUCGGAGUUUCAGACCAGGCUUCUAUUCAAUCAAGCUUUUAGCAGAGGUCUACAAAUUUCUCGUAUUCUUGCAGGAAGACGUAAGUCAUCUUAGGACCGUACACUCCUGCAUACGCUUGGCUUCAGUACCAUUUUUGUUCGUAGAGAGAGCGAGGAUAAUCUCUGUCCACCUGUAGUUAGGACUAGGAUUAGGACGGUCGUGGGUAGUGUAGAUUAGUAGCACGUUCCUUAGUAAUCUGCCCCAUUUUCGAAAGAUUGGAAGAACUUGUGUAUACUAGACAGACAUUCUUUCAUCAUUGUAAAUCACUCUUGAUCCCCAACUUGUCGUCUCCACUACUUUGGAUUGACCUGAACGGAUUCCGUUUAUAGCUGUAGUAGCCACCAUUAUGUCGACAUACAACGCCAUACACAAGUGGCUCCGGAUUGUAAUGGAUUGGUGAUGUACAAGCGGCCGAUGGUUCACACGUCUGAUCCGGCUCUGGCUUUUAGCCGUUACCACCUAUUUAAUAUGAAAUGAAAUUUUG